CAUCAUGAAUUGCAAUUUUGGCUUGGACUCGGCUUUGUGUUGUUUUGGUUAUGGUUAAGAAUGUCCAAUUAAUUUGUUCAUGAAUUAAGUUAUUUGAACAAUAAAUCAUACUAUUUGCCUUUGUUGGCAUCAAUAAAGAUCAGUAUUUAAAACUCAAGCUUCACCCCAACCUCAGAUGGACAGACUCUUGCGAUUGGGGGGUGGGAUGCCGGGCCUGAACCAGGCCCCGCCUUCUUCAGACGCGCCUGUUGUGGACACUGCUGAGCAGGUGUACAUCUCGUCUCUGGCGCUUCUCAAGAUGUUGAAGCAUGGCAGAGCCGGGGUACCGAUGGAAGUCAUGGGUCUGAUGUUGGGAGAGUUUGUAGAUGACUAUACUGUCAGGGUCAUCGACGUUUUUGCCAUGCCUCAGACUGGUACUGGUGUGAGUGUGGAAGCCGUAGACCCGGUGUUCCAAGCCAAGAUGUUAGACAUGUUGAAGCAGACGGGACGACCUGAGAUGGUGGUCGGGUGGUACCACUCUCACCCUGGCUUCGGCUGCUGGCUGUCCGGUGUGGACAUCAACACGCAGCAGAGCUUUGAAGCACUUUCCGAGCGAGCUGUGGCCGUUGUCGUCGACCCUAUUCAGAGUGUUAAAGGGAAGGUGGUGAUUGAUGCGUUCAGAUUGAUAAACCCCAACAUGAUGGUGCUCGGACAGGAACCCAGGCAGACGACGUCCAACCUCGGUCAUCUGCAGAAGCCUUCUGUGCAGGCACUGAUUCACGGGCUCAACAGGCAUUACUACUCGAUCAGUAUAAACUACCGCAAGAACGAACUUGAGCAGAAGAUGCUGCUGAAUCUGCACAAGAAGUCGUGGAUGGAUGGUCUAAUACUGCAAGACUACAAGGACCAUUGCAAGACCAACGAGACAACUGUCCAUGAUAUGUUGGAACUGGCGAAAAACUACAACAAGGCAUUGGAAGAGGAAGAAAAGAUGACUCCCGAACAACUUGCUAUCAAGAAUGUAGGAAAGCAGGAUCCUAAACGCCACUUGGAGGAGAAGGUCGAUACUUUGAUGGCUGCAAACAUCGUUCAAUGUCUCGGGGCCAUGCUGGAUACUGUUGUCUUCAAAUGACUGUUUUGUACUCUGUUUUGUCUUAUUUAUGUCACAUUACGCAAACUUGAAAACUUUGUAAAAUAAAUCCUUAUUUUGUAAA